CAAAUUACCCGCAGCUUAAAACGAAAACGAAGACAUUCAUCCAAACGGUCCUCCGCCUUCUUCAUUUUCUUCAUCACAGCCACACUGAUCCUAGACAAGCCCCAAUCCCCUUUCUUCAACUCGCUCACAAAUCUAUCUCUCUUUUUCUCAGUCCCAAUGAACAAGGCCAUGGCUCCCUUUAUACCACAAUUUCCAUUGCAGCUUCUGAUCGGAGAGCGGGAUCCCUGGACACAAUGUGGUGGAGAAGUGGCAACCAUGGGCGGCGGUGGAACGAUCAGCAGGUCAGUGUUGCUUUCCCCAGAUUGCUUGAGGAAAUGCUCUUGCCCUGCUUUUGCAGAGUUAGAUACGGAGGAGAAAGUUUGAUUGGAACGGAGUGACGGUGCAUUGCCUCAAUCGAAAGCAUACGCUCAAUGCGAAUUAUUCCUCAGUUUGAAGGAAACUAUGCUAAUUCUUAGGGUGGGAAAAGAGAAGUAGAAGAUGGCUUGGGAAGCACAUAAGAUGGAGUUUGAAGGAAGCUAGACCAAACCUUUUUAGGGAGGGGGGCGAAGAGAAUUAAAAAUUGACUUGGGAAGGACAUAAGGAGACACCAUAACUGUUGAUCUAGUAAUUAGAGAUGGGGAGACCAUAACUUCUGUUGGUGGGAGCUUCGAACUGGGUUUUUUCAGCCCAGUUGAUUCCAAUAAUCGAUAUGUGGGGAUAUGGUACAAGAAGGUUUCUACUAGAACUGUGGUAUGGGUUGCCAACAGAGAAUUUCCUCUCAGUGGCUCAUCAGGAGUCCUGAAGGUCACGGACCAGGGAACUCUUGUCGUUCUCAAUGGUACUAAUGGCAUCAUUUGGUCUUCUAAUUCAUCGCAACCUGCAAUAAAUCCAAAUGCGCAGCUUUUGGAGUCUGGAAAUCUUGUUGUGAAGAAUGGUAAUGAUAGUGACCCGGAAAAGUUUCUAUGGCAGAGUUUUGAUUAUCCUUGUGAUACUGUUCUACCAGGCAUGAAGUUUGGAAGGAACACUGUGACAGGCUUAGAUCGGUACUUAUCUUCAUGGAAGAGCACUGAUGAUCCUUCUAAAGGUAAUUUUACAUACCGGGUUGAGCCUAGUGGAUUUCCACAACUGAUUCUGAGGAGUGGCUUAGCUGUGACUUUUCGCUCUGGCCCAUGGAAUGGCCUUCGAUUUAGUGGGUUUCCUGAAAUAAGGUCAAAUCCAGUUUAUAAAUAUGCUUUUGUUGUGAAUGAAGAGGAGAUGUAUUAUACUUAUGAGCUUGUUAACAGCUCUGUUAUUUCGAGGCUGGUGUUAAAUCCAAACGGAUACGUGCAGCGUUUCACAUGGAUUGAUCGAACACGUGGGUGGAUCCUUUACUCAUCUGCACAGAAGGACGACUGUGACAGUUAUGCAUUGUGUGGUGCAUAUGGCAGCUGCAACAUUAACCAUUCUCCAAAAUGUACAUGUAUGAAAGGAUUUGUGCCAAAGUUCCCCAAUGAAUGGAACAUGGUGGAUUGGUCAAAUGGAUGUGUUCAGAGCACUCCACUGGAUUGUCACAAGGAUGAGGGGUUUGUAAAGUACUCUGGUGUGAAACUGCCUGACACACGAAACUCCUGGUUUAAUGAAAACAUGAGUCUCAAGGAGUGUGCCUCUAUGUGCUUAAGGAACUGCUCUUGCACUGCUUAUGCAAACUCAGAUAUCAGGAAUGGAGGAAGUGGAUGCUUGCUCUGGUUUGGUGAUUUGAUUGAUAUCAGAGAGUUUGCUGAAAAUGGACAAGAGUUGUAUGUAAGGAUGGCUGCAUCAGAAUUAGAUGCCUUUUCUAGCUCAAAUAGCAGCUCCAAGAAGAGACGAAAGCAGAUCAUUAUCAUCUCUGUAUCAAUUUUGGGGGUGCUUCUCCUAAUCGUAGUCUUGACUUUGUACAUUGUGAAGAAGAAGAAGCUAAAGAGAAACAGAAAAAUUAAACACCAUUUGAAAGGAGAUGAAGCGAAUGAAAGCCAAGAGCAUCUAGAAUUACCACUAUUUAACUUGGCUGCAUUACUGAGUGCUACUAAUAACUUUUCAAGUGACAAUAAGCUUGGAGAGGGUGGUUUUGGACCUGUCUACAAGGGAAUAUUGCAAGAAGGACAAGAAAUAGCUGUAAAGAGACUGUCAAAACAUUCUAGACAAGGACUAAAUGAAUUCAAAAAUGAAGUUGAAUCCAUUGCGAAACUUCAGCAUCGAAAUCUUGUGAAGCUUCUUGGAUGUUGCAUUCAUGGCAGUGAAAGAAUGUUGAUCUAUGAAUACAUGCCCAACAAAAGCUUGGAUUUCUUCAUUUUUGAUCCAAUGCGAGGUGUGGUACUGGAUUGGCCUAAGCGCUUUGUCAUUAUCAAUGGGGUUGCUCGGGGGCUUCUUUAUCUUCAUCAAGACUCCAGACUAAGAGUCAUCCAUAGAGAUCUCAAAGCCGAAAAUGUUUUACUAGAUAAUGAGAUGAGCCCAAAAAUUUCAGACUUUGGCAUAGCAAGAAGUUUUGGGGGAAAUGAAACUGAAGCAAAUACAACAAGAGUGGCUGGAACAUUAGGUUACAUGUCCCCAGAGUAUGCAACUGAAGGAUUGUAUUCGACAAAAUCAGAUGUUUAUAGCUUUGGUGUUUUGAUGCUAGAGAUUGUGACUGGGAAGAGGAACAGGGGAUUUUUUCAUCUAGACCACAGAUAUAACCUUCUUGGACAUGCGUGGACACUCUAUAUGAAAGGUAGGUCUUUAGAACUUAUCAAUCCAUCGAUGGGGGAUACCUGCAAUCUAUCUGAAGUGCUCCGCGCAAUCAAUGUGGGCCUACUGUGUGUACAACGUUUCCCCAAUGAUCGACCAAGCAUGCAUUCUGUGGUUCUGAUGUUGGGGAGUGAGGGUGCACUGCCUCAGCCUAAAGAGCCUUGUUUUUUCACAGAAAAGAAUGUAGUGGAAGCAAACCCUUUCCCAGGCGAGCACAUGCUAUAUUCAGGAAGUGAAACCUCCAUUACACUAUUGGAGGCUCGAUAGAAAACCUUUCAUCUUUAUAUUCUCUUUGGUCUCAAGGUUGCAGCUCAAUUUCUUCUCUUAUGAGCAGAUUUAUGUUCCAAUUCGAGUUUAAUCUAAGAUGCAAGCUUGACAAUACGAAUUAUCCCGACAUAGGUGGGAAAAUGGGUAUUUUCUUAAAAAAUGUACCAGCCAUCGGUAGGUUUGGUCUUUCUCUCAGCUUUCAAUUAUUUCAAAGGGCGGUUUGGCCUCUCUCUGGCAUUCUUUAAAUGAGAGUAAUAUUGUAAAAUUUUAACAUGAUGGCACCAAGAAUAGACAGGAAGGAAUCCGCAUCUCAUGCAUCUUA